AUGACGUCACAGGAUUAUGGAGUGCCUCUUACAACGUUGCGCGAUCGCGUAGACAGCAGAGUGUCGGUUGAUAUCGUGAAAAAUGGACCCGCGCCGCUGCUUAGUCUCAGUGAGGAACAGCUACUGGUCAAGCAUGUGAAAGGCCUAGCGCGUGUCGGGUAUGGGUACACUCGCACUGAAAUCUGCACCAAGGCGUACAACUUCGCUGUUUACCUUGGAAAACGCGGAAAGAAAGAGAAACCCCUCAGUCUCAAAUGGUUCUAUGGCUUCAUGGGAAGGUGGCCAGAACUCAAAGUUGUUAAGCCAUCCGGACUGUCUGAACAACGAGCAAGUUGUGCAUCUAAGGAGGUGAUUCUGAACUACUUUGAAGAACUGAAAAAUAUCUUCGACAAGUACGAGUUCCACAACAAACCUCACCUUGUGUACAACAUCGACGAAAAGGGCAUCAACACCGAAUAUAGACCACCAAACAUUGUAGCUGGCUUUGACACACGUCCUCAAGUGGUGAUGACCGAACAAUCGAAAACGGUUACAGUGAUCGGCAGAGGAAAUGCCCUUGGUUCCCUGAUACCGCCAUUCUUUGUAUUUCCCGGUCAACGGAUGCUUCAGGAGCUUUUGGUCGGAAAGAGUGAAGGGACUGAAGGCAUGAUGACGCACUUCUUGAAAUAUGCCAUGGGACGUAACCAAGAAGAUACCACAUUGGUGUUGUACGAUGGUCACAAGAGUCAUAUCUCCAUCAAACUCAUUGAAUGGGCAAAAGAGAACAGAAUAGUUCUAUUCGUUCUACCACCUCACUGUUCCCAUAUUUUACAGCCCAUGGAUGUCGGUUGUUUCGUUCCAUUCCGAUUGCACCACCAAUGUGUGACUCGGUAUGAUUUUUGCAAAUUGGUGUGCAAAGCGUACACUGUAGCUCUGUCGCCUGUCAACUUGCAAGCAUCGUUCAGGAAGACUGGAAUUUAUCCAUUGCAGAAUGCCAUUGACGCAGUGACUAGUCUAUGCGAUGCCAUAGCACCUUCAGAGCUGUAUGCAGCCACCUGCGAAAAGCUGGCUUCUAUUGUGGAUAACAUUAUCCAACAUGAGCCUGACAUAAACGACGGUGCAAAGUUCUACAGUGACUUCCCCACUGAAGUUUCCAAGAAAGUGUCAAAACCCCGCCGAAACAUCAUAAGGUUGUUGGUGGCAAAGCACUGA